CAGUUAUUUUAUUAAUAUAAAUUAGAAAUUAAAAAGGAAAGAUAUAAAAAAUAAAUGUUUUCUUUAAAGAAAACAAGACACUUUUGGCAAAUAUUUACAAAUUCUGCAAAACGUUGUUGUAGCAUAAAGUGUUAUCAAAAAUUCAAGCAUAGUUUUACAGACUUAAGAUGUCUGGACAGAAAAGAAGUGCAGCAGUUCUUUAAAAGCUUGGAAGCAAUAAUAACAGAUGCAGAUGGUGUUCUAUGGCUUAAUGAUGAUCCUAUCGAAGGUUCUGUAGAAACUUUUAAUUGGUUUCAAAAUCAAGAUAAGACUUGUUAUAUUGUUACCAAUAAUUCUACCCGUACUCGGCAAAAUUUGCAGGAAAAAGCUUGUUCCAUGGGUUUACAGGUGGAAGAAAGGCAAAUUAUUAAUACCACUUACUGUACGGCCAAAUAUUUGGAGAAAUUGAAUUUCAACAAGAAAGCCUAUGUUAUAGGCAGAGAGGGUCUGGCUUGGGAAUUACAAAAUUUGGGCAUUAAACUUUUGCCCAUAGAGGAGGAACCCAUGAAAGGCUCUACAGCUGAUUUGAGACAAAAUCUUAAACUUGACCAGGAAGUAAAGGCUGUAAUAGUGGGUUUUGAUGAAUUUUUUGGUUUUCCCAAGCUAACAAAAGCCUGUUGCUAUCUAAAGGAUCCUGAGUGUUUAUUUAUAGCCGCCAGUACAGAUAACCAAGGACCUACUCCUACGAUAAUGCUGCCGGGUACGGGUUGCUUUGUAAAAGCCAUAGAAACUUGUAGCAAUCGUUUAGCCACAAUAAUAGGAAAACCUAAUCCGGAAUUUGUCAAACCUUUAAUAACAAAAGGUUGUAUAAAACCCGCCACCACAUUAAUGGUAGGCGAUAGAGGUUCAACGGACAUGUUGUUUGGUUAUAAUUGUGGCUUCUAUACACUAUUUGUUUCCCUCCGGGGUAGAUACUUUAAAAGACGUCCAACAAUGGCAAAUAUCAGAUAAUUGUGAAUUGCAAAAACAAAUACCCGAUUUUUAUCUACCAAAACUGGGAGAUUUAAAACAUAUAUUAACUGAGUAAUUUUAUAAUUUUAUAGAAUAAAGAGAAUUCCAUAAUAUUAUUAAACUCUUUAUUGAUAAGAAUCAU